UUCGUUUCCCUUCUUCCCCUCACUCCUCCUCCUUCCUCCUUCCUCCUUCCUCCUCCCUCCUUCAACCUACAAAAAACCACGUCGCCUUCAUCGCAGCAGUCAGCGCACCACCAGCUCCGCAGAUGACCGGCCCCGCGCGGGACAAGCACAUCCGACCCAAUCGGCGAUCGCAUUCCCGAUCCUCUCGGCCCGACAUGGAUCCCCCGCCGCCCCCGCCCACCGCCCGAAUCCGCCGCCGAUCCCCGAUCCCUCCGCCGCGGCGCCGCCGCCCGAAUCGGGCCCCGGCCCCGCAGAACCCGAACCCCGGCCCCGGCCCAAAUCUCGACGACAGCAGCGCCUGGGGCUACUGCACCGAGGAGCAGCUGGAGGAGCUCCUGCGGAAGCACGUGCAGUUCUACUACAACGAGGCCCUCGCCAAGGUCUGCGCCCUCGGCUACGACGAGGACGUCGCGCUCGCCGCGGUGCUCCGCAACGGGCAUUGCUACGGCGGCAUGGACAUGCUCACCAACAUCCUCCACAACACGCUGGCUUAUCUGAACAGCGGCGGAUCCGAGGGCGGCGCCUGCGGCGCCGGCGGGGACGGCGCCGGCGCCGGCUCGGGCGAGUCCGAGCUGGGUUUCUCGGAUUUGAAGCAGUUGGAGGAGUACUCGCUCGCGGGGAUGGUGUGCCUGCUGCAGCAGGUGAGGCCGAAUUUGAGCAGGGGAGAUGCUAUGUGGUGUCUCCUCAUGAGCGACCUUCACGUGGGUCGCGCGAGCACGAUCGAAAUUCCGGUGGUUCCAUCGCCGUGUGAGGGAUUGGGUCCGGUUGGUGAUAAGAGCGAUGCUGAGAGCGGGGCUAAUGAGCCCGCUGCCUGCGUUUCGGCUCCGGUGCUGAGUAGGUUUCUUGGUGGUUGCGGAUUUAGUAACGGUGGAAACGAUUACGCGGAGGCUGUCAAUGGCUUGGGAGAUAUAGGAGGACUGGCAUUGCAAAAGGAUAUCGAGUGUCCAAAAAGGUUUAACCUUUCGCCGUCGAUGAAAUCUUUGCUGAAAAGGAAUGUUGCAAUGUUUGCAGCUGGUUUCCGGGCAAAUGCAAAGACUUUGAGGGGACAAACUCCUUUAUUGCAAAAUGGAUCGCCUAGUGGAGGUGCCUCAGUUGUUUCGCGGGAGAAAGGUGUGGUGGAGAAGAAUACAGAGUCGAGGAACACAAAGAACCAAGAUGAUCUCCAUGCCAUGAUGCGUAAAUUUCUCGACAUGGAUAUCGGCGCAAAUAUUGAUGAGAAUCCAGAGGUUGCCGAAGAAGAGCGGAAGGACGAGAUAAUUUUGUCUAUGCUUCGUCAGAUCAAGGAUCUUGAGAAGCAAGUGAAGGAGAGGAAGGAGUGGGCACAGCAGAAGGCAAUGCAAGCAGCUAGAAAGCUUAGCAGCGACAUGACAGAGCUCAAAUUGCUGAGGAUGGAAAUGGAUGAGACCCAAAGAUUGAAGAAAGGGAAACAGACUCUAGAAGAAACUACUAUGAAGAGACUAUCAGAUAUGGAGACUGCUUUAAGGAAGGCAAGUGGUCAAGUGGACCGAGCAAAUGCGGCUGUGAGGCGGCUGGAGACUGAAAAUGCAGAAAUCAGAGCUGAAUUGGAGGCUUCCAAGUUGAGUGCUUCGGAGUCGGUGUCCUCCUGUCUUGAGGUGGCUAAGAGAGAAAAGAGGUCCCUGAAGAAGCUUUUGGCUUGGGAGAAGCAGAAGACAAAGAUGCAGGAGGACAUUGCCGAGGAGAAACGGAAAAUCUCGGACUUGCAACAGCAGUUGGUUCAAAUUAAUCAGGCUUCAGAAGAAGCAGAGUCUAAGUGGAAGCAGGCAAAGAAAGACAAAGAGCGUGCCCAGGCACAAGUGGAGGAGGAGCGGCGAUUGAAGGAAGCAGCUGAGGCAAGCAGCAAAAGGAAGCUUGAAUCUUUGCGCUUGAAGAUAGAGAUAGACUUCCAACGUCAAAAGGAUGAUAUUAGAAGACUUGAACAGGAGCUUUCGCGCCUGAAGAUGUCUGCAUCCGCCCAAUCUGCUGAUGUACAUCACGGAUCGCAUGCUUCCCCUGCGGCGAAGUCUGAGGGGGGGAAACCAGAAGGAGAAGCAAUUGCCAGGCUGCUUCAUCAAUUGGAACUGGAGGACUCACCUGAGGUGAAUAGAGAUAGACAAUGCAUACUGUGCAUGAAGGACGAGGUUUCAGUUGUUUUCUUGCCAUGUGCCCACCAAGUUAUCUGUGCUAAUUGCAGUGACAGUUACUGGGGGAAGGGCAAAACCACUUGCCCUUGCUGCCGUGUCCCAAUUGAGCAGAAAAUCCGUGUCUUUGGGGCAAGUUCAUAGUAUGAAAGAGAAGUCAGCUUGAAUCGCUCUAUUUAUUCUUGGACAGCCUUUUUCUUCUUACUAUUCUUCUUGAAUUCUGGUUUAGGUGAUGCUGCAAGUGCAUCCCAUUAGAAGGAUGUAGAUAAAUAAAAACGACAUUUGUCUGAGCUUCCGACUCAGACUCGAUAACAAAUGCUUAUGACUUUGAAAGUCAUGGCAUUGCGGCUGCUACGAGAGAUGCUGGUUACAUCUUAUCUGCAUGAUAUCAUAUGCAAUCUUCAUCUGCUAUUUUGUGUCACUUUCAAUGACAAUACAUGCCAUGAUGUGUUUCUGUGUGAGAUGGAAGUAUCGAUUCAUGACUUGAGUUUCA